AUGUGUAUCUUCUUGUUUGAAAAAAACGUACAAAAAUUGCACAGUAUUAAUGAUGGAUUUUUUUUUCUUUCAGUGUCCGACAGAAAGACGAUUGUCCUCUUGGGAAAAACUGGAGUUGGGAAAAGCAGCCUGGCUAACACCAUAUUUGGAGAAAAACUGUUCAAAAUUGGCAACACUGGCAACUCUGAAACAAGUGAAUGUCAAGCAAAAACCAAAUCUGUCAAUGGAAGAAGCAUCACCUUGAUCGACACUCCUGGUUUCUUUGACACAGACAGACCUGAGGAGGAGAUGAAGGCUGAGAUAGUGAGGUGUAUCACAGAGUGCUCUCCUGGGCCUCAUGCUUUUGUCAUUGUGCUUAAAGUGGAGAGAUUCACAGAGCAAGAACAGGCUGUCAUCACAAGAAUAAAAGAAUACUUUUCUGAGGAAGUCUUUAAAUACACAACUGUUCUCUUUAUUCAGGGUGACCAGCUCGAUGAAGGACAAACAAUUGAGCAGUAUUUCUGCAAUAAUAAGGCUGUGAGUGAUCUUGUUAAGAAGUGUGGAGGACGCUGUCAUGUCAUUGAUAAUAAAUACUGGAAGAACGACCAGCAGGAUGAAUACAGAAGCAACAAGUUCCAGGUGGAGAAGCUCCUCAAGACAAUAGAUGAGAUAACUGAGGCAAACAGAGGAGGCUGCUACACCAAUGAGAUGCUACAAGCAGCAGAGGAAAUGAUCCAACAAGAGGAGGAGCGCAUUAGAAAGUCAUCACCAAACAUGUCAGAGGAAGAGAUCAGAGAGCAGGCUAAGGGCAGCAUAUUCAAGAAGAUUUUGAUCAAACUGGCAGGUAUUACAACAGGUGCACUGUUAGGAGCUUUGCUUGGAGGAGCUGGGUGGUCUGUAUUACCCACAGUUAAAGUGGCAGUUGUAGGGUCCGCUGCAGUGGGAGCUGUGGUUGGAGGUUUUAAAGGAUAUCAUGCAGCUGAGGAUGCAGAGACAGUAGAGGAAGGAGCAGUGAAAGCAGCAGAGGCUGUCUGGGAUGAAGCCAUAUCUGUUUUAGAUAAAGCAAACGAUUUCAUGGACAGACUAUCACACCUGAAAAAAGAAUAG